AGGAGGCUCCAGAGUCUUGGUUUAGGGCCCACACUAAUAGCGCUUACAUGACAGCGCCACGCUUGGCCUUGCAUGAAUCCUUCUAAGAUCUUGGAGCAAAUGGGAAAUAUCAUUCGCAUGAUUGGUCGGAUGAAAGGAACACUGUAAGCUCGUAUCCUUCGAUUUGCAAACGACGACAGCACGUCACAGGACUCAAAGGAUGAUGACGGAAUGUCCCUCGCCAAUCUUGGCCGCCUAGCUCCUGAACCUCUGUCCCUCUGGUCGUAAGCAGAAUUACGUUUAUCACGACGCCCUUGUUCAGGAUACAAGCGGCUCUUCAACGCUGCAUUUGUGGCCGCCCAGGGCUCAGGAAUGAUGACAUGGGGCAGACAUAAAUUGAACGAUGUCUGCUCAUGGUCGAUGCGCAAAAUUUUCUGACACUUGCUCGCACUCCCGCAAAGCUCUGCAAUCAUGAAAAUCGUCCCGUUGUCUCUGAUUCUUGGCGUCUUUGUGCUCGCUAUCACUGCGUUCCCUCUAGAACUCCUUGAAAAGUUCCAGAAUGAUCCCGAGACGGCUGCUCACGCCAGCGCUCUGAUGGCAGGCAAGAGGCAAGCCGGCGCGGCCUCUGCUCAAGCCGUCUUCGAGACCAUCCCGACAUUCGACGCACAAAAGCAGUUCAUCGAUGUAUCGCCAGGAAGCGGUCACGAAUGGCAGGCUCCUGAGCCCCAGGAUCUUCGCGGACCCUGUCCAGGUCUUAACGCUUUCGCAAAUCACGGCUUCCUCCCCCGUAACGGGUACGCUACCGUUCAACAAUACAUUGAUGUCACCACUCAGGUGGUUGGCAUGGGCCCAGACCUUGCGCUCUUUCUUUCAGUGCUCGGGGCUGUGAUUGACAGCGGGGAUCUCACGUCAUGGUCGAUGGGCGGCACGCCGCCGCCGGGUGUCGGGCCCGCUGCUGCACAGAAUGGACAUGGACUCAGCGGCUCCCACAACAAAUACGAGAACGAUAUCUCGCCGACGCGACCAGACCUAUACGAGACAGGAAACAAUUACAUCACUCAGGCAAAUCAAUUCCAAGAUCUCAUCAAUGCAUCGCCAGGCGGAUUCGUGACCUUGGACAGCCUGACUUUGUAUCGUUCUCAGCGCUAUGAUCGACAGCUCGCUAAUAACCCCUACUUCUUCAACGGCCCCUUCACAGGACUGCUGGUGCAACCUGCUGCGUUCACCUUCAUCUACCGAUUCAUGGCCAACCAUUCAGCUGAAGAGCCUCUCGGCGCUUUGAGCUACGAAACCCUACAAGCAUGGUUCGGCAUCGAUGGUACGAACGGUCAAUACACCGCACCCUUCGGCUAUGAGCGCAUUCCGGACAAUUGGUACAGGCGCUCGCUGACGGCACCCUACACCAUCCCGUACUUCCUCGGCGACGUUGCUGCAGCCGCCUCGCUUCAUCCCAAAUUCCUCUCCAUUGGUGGAAAUUUGGGCGGAAAGGGCAACAACUUCGCGGGCGUGAAUAUCAAUGACUUGACCGGUGGAGUGUUCAACCUUCAGACUCUCCUUCAAGGUAACAAUCUUGGAUGCUUCGCUUUCCAGGCUUCUGCCCAAUUCAAGUCGGACUUUGUGCUCAAAACUGUCCUCGACCGCCUGCAGGAUGUCGUUGGAAGUGUUGUUACGCAGUUGUCCUGCCCGAAGUUGCGUGCCUUUGACGAGAAUUUGUUGCGACAAUUCCCUGGAUAUACUAGAUCUUUGUAGAUUUGUUGUAUUUCGAGAUUUCACACAUUAUUUCCCG